AUGGACAUGGACGUGGACCUCGACGUGGUCGUGGACGUGGUCGUGGACGUGGACGUGGACGUGGACGUGGACGUGGACGUCGACGUGGACUUGGACGUGGACGUGGAGGUGGACGUGGACGUGGACCUGGACGUGGACGUGGUCGUGGACGUGGACGUGGACGUGGACGUGGACCUGGACGUGGUCGUGGACGUGGACGUGGACGUGGUCGUGGACGUGGACGUGGACGUGGACGUGGACGUGGACGUGGACGUGGACGUGGUCGUGGACGUGGACGUGGACGUGCACGUGGACGUGGACGUGGAGGUGGACGUGGACGUGGACCUGGACGUGGACGUGGUCGUGGACGUGGACGUGGACGUGGACCUGGACGUGGUCGUGGACGUGGACGUGGACGUGGACGUGGUCGUGGACGUGGACGUGGACGUGGUCGUGGACGUGGACGUGGACGUGGACGUGGACGUGGACCUGGACGUAGACGUGGUCGUGGACGUAGACGUGGACGUGGACCUGGACGUGGACGUGGACUUGGACGUGGACGUGGACGUGGACGUGGACGUCGACGUGGACGUGGACGUGGACGUUGACGUGGACGUGGACGUGGACAUGGUCGUGGACGUGGACGUGGACGUGGACGUUGACGUGGACGUGGACGUGGUCGUGGACGUGGACGUGGACGUGGUCGUAGACGUGGUCGUGGACGUGGACGUGGACGUGGACGUGGUCGUGGACGUGGACGUGGACGUGGAUGUGGACGUGGUCGUGGACGUGGACGUGGACGUGGACUUGGACGUGGACGUGGACGUGGUCGUGGACGUGGUCGUGGACGUGGACGUGGACGUGGUCGUGGACGUGGACGUGCACGUGGACGUGGACGUGGACGUGCACGUGCACGUGCACGGGCACGUGGACGUGGACGUGGACGUGGAUGUGGACGUGGUCGUGGACGUGGUCGUGGACGUGGUUGUGGACGUGGACGUGGACGUGGAAGUGGACGUGGUCGUGGACGUGGACGUGGACGUGGACGUGGACGUGGAUGUGGUCGUGGACUUGGACGUGGACGUGGACGUGGCAUGGACGUGGUCAUGGAAGUGGACGUGGAUGCGGACUGGACAUGGACGUGGACGACGAGGAUGUGGACGUGGACUUGGCGUGGACGUGGACGUGGUCGUGGACGUGGACGUGGUCGUGGACGUGGAGGUGGACGUGGACGUGGACGUGGUCGUGGACGUGGACGUGGACCUGGACGUGGACCUGGACGUGGACGUGGACGUGGACGUGGUCGUGGACGGGGACGUGGACGUGGACGUGGACGUGGAGGACGAGGACGUGGACGUGGACGUGGAGGACGAGGACGUGGACGUGGACGUGGACGUGGACUUGGACAUGGACGUGGACGUGGACGUGGACGUGGUCGUGGACGUGGACGUGCACGUGGACGUGUACGUGGACGUGGACGUGUACGUGGACGUGGACGUGGACGUGGACAUGAACGUUUACGUCUACGUGGACGUGGACGUGUACGUGGUCAUGGACGUGGAUGUGGACUUGGACGUGGACGUGGAUGUGGACAUGGACAUGGACGUGGACCUGGACGUGGACGUGGUCGUGGACGUGGAAGUGGACGUGGACGUGGACGUGGUCGUGGACGUGGACGUGGACGUGGUCAUGGACGUGGACGUGGACGUGGACGUGGUCGUGGUCGUGGACGUGGACGUGGACGUGGUCGUGGACGUGGACGUGGACGUGGACGUGGUCGUGGACGUGGACGUGGACGUGGACGUGGUCGUGGACGUGGACGUGGACGUGGACGUGGUGGUGGACGUGGUGGUGGACGUAGACGUGGACGUGGACGUGGACGUGGUGGUGGACGUGGUCGUGGACAUGGACGUGAACGUGGACGUGGUUGUGGACAUGGACGUGGACGUGGACGUGGUCGUGGACGUGGUCGUGGACGUGGACGUGGACGUGGACGUGGUCGUGGACGUGGUCGUGGACGUGGACGUGGACGUAAUUUUUUUGUCUGAUUAA